AUGAAGGAAAAGUGCCUUAUGGGGUCGCAGUUGCGAAAGGGGAAAGAAGAGAAAAAAGUCCCGCCGAACAGGCCGCUUGGACCGGCGGGCUCCAAGUGUCCAACCAUGGCCGCGUUCAACGUCGACCGACGAGCACAGCCAGUUCUACGCCUUUGGCUUCUCAUUCGUCCGCUGAUGAAGGACUGUUUCCCAACAGGCGCCUUUGCCGAGCAUUGUAUGCUGCAGCGUGGAAUUCCGGAUCUCAAGAACGGAUAG